AUGCAUUUGUUAUUUUUGGUUUUAUCCCUCAUCGUGUUUGUCAACAAGCAAAUUCAUGGUCUGUCAACGUGUGCACAAUAUCUGCGCAAACCGGAAAUCGGCUAUCAUCUGACCAAGGAGUGUGCUAUAUCCAAAAUGCGAACUGUGGCAUCGUCAAAUACAACGGAAUUGAUCUCGUGCAUUCAAUUAGCGAAGACGAAAAACGCAUUCGCUUUUGCAUAUGCAAACCAAACUGAAGACGCGGAGAUAUCGUUGAGUUCCAUAUGCAACGUUUUCGAAUGUCCGGAGUUCCAUUCAUUUCUGUUGACAUCCAGCAUUUCGGCAUACGAUUACUAUAGUAUGUUUUCGAAACCAAUGCCCACCGAGAACUACACUUGUGCGCCAGGGAUCGGCAUGUUCGAAAUGAUCAUAGAUCGCUUGAACUACUCAAACGCCAUGGUUGCGUGCGAAGACGCUGGCGGCCAUCUGGCUAACGUUGUGUCCGAUCCGCGAACGUCGUUUUUGGCCUCGUUGGUGUCCUCAGCCCUGGCCAACCAAACCGCGUCGGCUCGCAGAGCUUUCGUCGGUUUGUUUUUCGAAAACGAAUUCGUCACCAUCACGGGAGAACCGUUGACAUGUUUGCCGUAUAGAGCGUGGGCACCAGGACACCCAAAGGCUGAAAGCCUGAAAAAAGACUGCGUGGUUAUCACUAGUGACAGAUACUGGGAGACAGAGGAUUGCUCGAAAAAAUUACCAUAUAUAUGCGAACUCAUUCCUGAUGGUCCUCUGACAAACGUAGAACGGUAUUGUGCGCCGAUAAGCAAUACUAAACGUAGAAAAAAUUGUAUAUUACGUAAUCAAAAGGAAUUUGAAAAAACUGUGCAAACUAAACAAGAAUGCAUCAAUAGUAUUAAUACCAACAAAACUGAAGUAAAUAAUUAG